CUCUGUGGCUGUGGAACAGAUUGCUAGCUCUGUCAGCCCUAGGUGUGGGAAUGGUACACACAAAGAGUGGUUUAGCCUGGCCCAGGCUGCCCAGGGCAGUGGUGGAGUCUCCAUCCCUGGAAGGUUUUCAAAGCACUGGAGAUGUGGUGCUGAGGGACAUGGUUUGGUGGUGACCUGGCAGUGCUGGGUUAAGGGUUGGACUGCAUGAUCUUGGAGAUCUUUUCCCACUCUCAUGAUUCAGCGAUUACAAGUUUUUCAUGUGUGGAAUGGGACUGUUGAAACCCACUGCAUUCUGUGACCCUCCAGACAUGCACCUUGGAAUCCUCACCUUCAGGGGAGAUAGAGUAAUGUCCUCUUUGCAUCAAAUAAUUGGGUCACUGAAACAGUAUCACAAGGCUACCCAGAGCUGUGUGAAGCGUCUUCACAGCCUAUCAAAGGCAGCAGCAACACUUUAGGUCUUGUAUUUUCUCCCAAGUGCUGAUACUCCAACAGAGUAGAGGAAAAUAAAUCCAGGGCCUUGCUGACACCAUGAAAAGCUCCCAGCUGAGUUUGUCUCGUUGCUUUCUACAUUAGAUCCAAACCACUUAGCACUCAUCAUCCUUUCUGCUUCUUGGCUUACAGGGCUGUGCAGGGCAGCUGCUAAACAAACCCUGACUGGGGUUCUUUGUCCUGAAUCCUGUCUGGGAAGAGGAGGCUCCAGCAUUUCUGGGAAGUGCCUCCAUGGCUCUUCAGAGGAAAGCUUGACAAAUAACAGCUCCUAUGCAACACUUUUGCUGUCUUCUGUGGGAAUGGUUUCCUCGAGAAGAUGCAGCAAAGGGGACAGCUCCUGGGAGCAGCACAGCUGGCCUCUGCAGGCAGUGUUCACAGCUUUUUAUUAACCCUUUCAGGUGAAAAGCUGAUUGAAGGGCAAGUCAUUGAGUUCAGAAAGGUGAGGACCUCUUUGCUUUUAGAUGUGGCUACAACUGUCUGUGUUCCACCUGUCAGGCUCCUCUGUCAGCCUUAACAAGUCCACUAGGUGCAGGUAGUUUUAAUUCCUUGCCUGUGGUUUUGAGGCCGAGUGGGCAAGGACACAGAGCAUGUGAUUUCGUGAGAAGAUUUUAGCAAUCUGACAAGAAGGCAAAUCUGGUGGUGUAGGCAGAUGCUGGAAGUGUUGUCUUACCCGUGGGCUCUCUCACAGUUGUCUGAGAGAUCAGAAGCCUGCAGACAAGGCCAGUAAGCUGCCUGCUGUGUUUGUGCCAACCGUGGAGCCCAAGCAGAGCCUGUUUCCUGUGGGAGCAGUUGGACAGGAUUUUCCUUUGAGCUAUGAGACAGUGCUUCUGGAGGUGUUUGGCAGAGGAGGGUGGGGAUUGUUGAGAGCAAUGCCACCAUGACCCAGCAGCCACCUCCAAAAUGAGGUGACAUUAAACUGAGAGGUGAUGGGAACUCAUUUCCUGUGGCAGGCGUGAGAGUGGCACAGAAGAGUCCUCCCUGAGCACAGAGUUAAAAGGGCAGGUGGCAAUUGCUCCUUCCCUUUGGGCAGUGCUUCCUUCACCCUGCAAAGCACCUUGUAUGCCAUCUCCCUUUUCUGCUCUGUUCAGCACUAAGGUUUGCCAGUGGUGGGAGCAGUCUUAGCCCCGUGGAGAAGGGCAGGGUGGCACUGCUGAUGUGAAUGCCUUCCUGCUCGGGUUGCUGACCUGCCCCAUGCUGCACAGGGAGGUGUGGACAGGCAGAACCCAGGGGAGCUGCAGGGGGCUAGAUGUCUGCUCACCUGCCUUGGUGCAACCGAUCCCAAACCCAGCAGGGCUGGAGCCUUCCCAAAAGGCAUAACUCGAGUUCACAUCAUUAAAAUCUCAGACGAGGAAGCUGCAGCUUGAGGCAGGGAGGGGACUUUUCUCUGCAGAAGACAGCUUUUGAUUUCUGAGCUGAAUGAGAGGCUUCCAAAUCCCUCCCUGUGAGCCCUGCAUUGUCCUCCACGCUCUGUCCGUGGGGAGGGAGAAGCCCAGCGAUGUGUCCCGUGGGGCCGCGAUGUGCCCCGCGGCUGCUCCGCGGUGUGCCCAAGCAGAUGGCGCUGCUGCUUCGCGCGUCCCCCGCCGCCCGGGGCCGCCGGGGCAGGCGGCUUCCUGGAACCGGAUCCUCGGCCUCGACGGAGCCGCCUCUGCCGCCGCCGCCUGUCGCCAUGGACCUGCGAGCGGAGCUGCUCAAGUCCAUCUGGUAUGCGUUCACCGCCCUGGACGUGGAGAAGAGCGGCAAGGUCUCCAAAUCCCAGCUCAAGGUGCUGUCCCACAACCUGUACACAGUGCUGUGCAUCCCCCACGACCCCGUGGCGCUGGAGGAGCAUUUCCGUGAUGAUGACGACGGGCCAGUGUCCAGCCAGGGCUACAUGCCCUACCUCAACAAGUACAUCCUGGACAAGGUGGAGGAAGGAGCUUUUGUCAAGGAGCACUUCGAUGAGCUCUGCUGGACACUGACAGCCAAGAAGAAUUACAAGGCUGACCGGAACGGCAACAGUGUUGUGUCCCACCAAGAUGCCUUCAAGCUCUGGUGUCUCUUCAACUUUCUGUCUGAAGACAAAUACCCUCUGGUCAUGGUGUCAGAUGAGGUGGAAUACCUGCUGAAGAAGAUCUGCACAGCCAUGAAUGUGGAGCUGAACCCCUGUGAGCUGGAAGAUUACCUGUGCCAGGAGCCACAGGGGCAGGGAGGGCUGACGGUCUGGCAGUUCCUGGACAUGGUGAACUCGGGGCGGUUCCUGCGGGGCAUCGAGCAAGAGGCUGUCAGCAUGGCUGUGGAGGAGGUGUACCAGGAGGUCAUCAAGGAUGUGCUCAAACAGGGCUACCUCUGGAAGAAGGGCCAGCUGAGGAGGAGCUGGUCGGAGCGGUGGUUCACGCUGAAGCCCAGCGUCCUGUCCUACUACAGCAGCGAGGAGCGGCGGGAGGAGAAGGGCAGCAUCGCCUUGGACAAGCAUUGCUGCGUGGAGGUGCUGCCCGACCGCGACGGCAAGCGGUGCCUGUUCUGCGUGCGGACCCCGGCCCGCACCUACGAGAUGAGUGCCUCCGACACGCGGCAGCGCCAGGAGUGGACGCUCGCCAUCCAGACGGCCAUCCGGCUUCAGGCCGAGGGCAAGAGGUCCCUGCACAAAGACCUGAAGCAGAAGCGCAGGGAGCAGCGGGAGCAGCGGGAGCAGCGCAAGGCAGCCAAGGAGGAGGAGACGCAGCGGCUCAAGCAGCUGCAGGAGGAGAAGGAGAGGAAGCUGCAGGAGCUGGAGCUGCUCAAGGAAGCCCAACGGCAGGCAGAGAUACUCCUGCAGGAGGAGGAGCAGCGGCGCAGGCAGCAGCAUGAGGAGAUGCAGAGGACCCUGGAGAUCCAGCUGCGGGAGGCUGAGCAGGCUCGUGCCUCCAUGCAGGCAGAGAUGGUCCUGAAGGAAGCGGAGGCCGAGCGGCAGCGCAGACGCAUCCUGGAGCUGGAGGCCAUGCAGCAGCGGCUGCAGGAGGCCUUGCAGCAGGAGGUGAAGGCACGGCAGGACGAGGAGGCCGUGAGAUAUGCCCAGGCCAGGCUACUGGCUGAGGAAGAGGAGAAGCUGAAGCAGCUGAUGAAGCUGAAGGAAGAGCAAGAGGAAUAUAUCAUCAAAACUCAGCAGGAGAAGCAAGUCCUCAAGCAGGAGAUGGAGAACAAGAACAAGUGUCUGGAAGAGGCACAGAAGCAGCUGGAAGAAGUGAGAGUGAACAGGCAGAGGGUGGACCAAGAUGUCAUGGCAGCCCAGCGGAAGCUGCGCCAGGCCAGCACCAAUGUCAAGCACUGGAACGUGCAGAUGAACCGCCUGAUGCACCCCAUCGGGCCAGGAGACAAGCGCACGGUGAGCGGAGGAGGCUUUGCUGGCUACCAGCCCCUUCUCUCCCGACAAGAUUCCUCCCUCAGACUCAAGCAGAAGGUAGAGGAUAAAGGCAGCGACCCCAAGAAGGACAGCAGCAAGGAAAAUGUGAGCAAUGGUGGGGACAGCAGCAUGCCACCAUCUCCAGAUGUGGACACCAAGGCUGCAGAGCCGACCAACUAGCCUGGCAGGAUGGCAGAGCACGGCAGGGACUGCUGGGACCCAGCACAUCCCUUUGGGCACACACAGUGCCCUCUGGAUGGGGACAAGUGGGCACCAACAUGGAGCCCAGAGGUGACUACAUGCAAGGCAGAGAUGCUCCUGUUCCUUUGGGGAAGGGCUGCAGCCACGAUGUGCCUGGAGGCUCAGACAGCCCAGCCCUGGGCUGAAGGCAGCAAGGCCUCCUCCUUUUGGCUGCACAGCUGUGCAACGAGGACGCCACUCCCCACUCUCUGGUUUCCACACUGCCUAAAAAGAAUUCCACUGGUGGGUCUGGACAACAUGGCCCAGGGCUUCAGUUCCCCCUUGGUUUCCAGCAGCAACACUUCUGCAUCGCCUGACGUGACCUGGGUGCUGCCAGGGGUGCCCUGGCAGGCCGAGCAGUGCCCAAGAAAGGCCGGGGAGUCCUUGACUGCCUCCUGCACUCCCUGAAGGUGGUGGCUGGUCACUGAGGUCACCUAGAUGUUAGCAGAAACCAACAAGCAAUAAAGGUUUUGGA